CUAACCUGCUGCUGCUGCUGGAGUCAAGGAGCUACAAAUAAACAGCGAUAAGGCGCUACGACCUGUCUUAGGGAAACCAGGACUGUCCCAGUAAAAGCGGGACUGCUUUGCGAUCUUAGAAAGAUAUGGAUCGCUAUGGCAAUCUCUCUGAUGAUGGUGAAGUUGACCAUUCCUUUUUCGACAGCGAUGUUGAUGAGAGUGCAAAUAAAGUCGGUGUCGCCUCUGUAGGUUCAAACAAGCAAGAAAAUAUAAACACAAAUGUAAAUAAAGAUGUCAAUAAAAUUUCAUUUGAAAAUAAGCAAAAUGUUAUGUCUGGAGAGAAAGGGAGGAAUCAUGUGUAUGAGGAAAAGAUUGCCAAACCAUCAAGUCCAUCAACAGCAGCUGUUGCUCCCAGACCUGAUAGUGCACUUAAGUCUGGUAGGACCUCUGCACAAAGUUUAAGGAUAGAAGCCACCAUCCCAACUGGUAUUCCCCAAAUAAGGCGGGAGUUUGAAGACAAUUAUUACCCAGAUGAGGAAGACAGUAGCGAAGACGAAUGUCACAAUUCAAGACCCAAAACUGCAAAACAAACAAAUAUUGGAAAGAAAAGCACUGGAAAAUCAAACAGAGACUUUGUUUCUACCAUAUCUAGUUCAGAUACAGAGUAUUCAGACACUGGCUCCGAUGAUGGUGCAUCAAAAUCAUCAUAUCAGUCUUCAAAAGGAUCAUUAAUGCGAUCUCCUGAAAGGAAGCCUUCUCGCUCAUCAAUGAGAGAAUUAAGGCACUAUGCUGAGGAGUCAGAAGACACUGUUACCGAUGUAACACCACUUUCUACACCAGAUAUCAGUCCUAUUCAGUCAUUUGACCUUGCUGCUACCAGUGAAGUACUCAAAAGUACAUUUAAACGACAAGAGAACAUCAGUCAAGAAAUAUAUGAUCCAGAUAAUGACUUAAGAAUUAACCAGAAGGCUGUUCAAGAUGCAGUGGACCUUAAUCAACUUCUUAAAGCAUUCAUGCACCUGGAUAAAAAGGAGCCCAGUUCAGUACAGGAUGAAAACCCAGUCAUGCAUAACAAGAAGAACUUCUCUUUUUCGAAUGAUGAAGUGAGGCAAAUUGAACGUGAAAACCAAAGGCUGCUGAAAGAACUGACACGACAGGCAGCCAAACCCCGUAGCAAGAGCCUUACUCCUAAAAAACCCAUGUCUGCGCCAACCAGGCUGUACCACAGUGCAAUAAAUAGACAAAAGGAACAGCAACGCAUUGAAAGGGAAAACAUGGCUUUACUCAAAAGGCUUGAGUCUGUAAAGCCGACAGUUGGGAUGACCAGAACUGAGCAACUCAUGGAUUACCAGCGCCAAGCAGGGUACCUUAGCGCAACUGCAUUGUCGCCCAGACCCGGAAAAGCAUCAGUAAGCCGUCUCAGCCCCUCUGUAUCUUCAGGAGGCUUUUCAAGGAUGUCCAGUGCAACCAAUCGAAGCGAAAGGACAGGAUCCAGUGGGGCUCUGCUGAGGCCUACAAGAUCGGGCAAUGUCCGAGCAGCUUGGCAGUGAAUAUCUUAAAAUAUGAAGUUUUGUAUUUCAGUGUCAUUCCAGUGUCUAUGCUGCUAUUGUGAACUACUUUGUGUUGAAUAAAGUUGUUGUGUUGGGAGAAUAUUAAUAUGAUACAUGCAUAUACAUGCUUUUUAUAGAUAUAUAUUUUUUGAUAUAAAGUAAAUAAUUUGCUAUUGUCAGUAAAAUGUAACCGCUUUGAAAGUGAAUGCCUCUAAUUCAAGGAGAAGAGUCCUGGGCUUUUAAAUAAAAUGCAGUUGAAGUGCAAUGGUGGAGCAAGACUGAGCAAGGGAGUGAGUAUGAAAUGAAUUAUGCAGAUGUGGCACUGAGGUUUGUAUGGUAUAAACGUCCCUUUUUGAACCAGCUAUUUGUUUGUCCUGUAAUUGAAUUCAUUUUAUCCUGAAGUUGUGUAGCCUACAAGUUGUUAUAACAGUACUGUCAUUGUGGAAAGUUCAGGGUUCACGAGCACUAUACACAUGAGUGGGAUUGAAAUCCCAGUGUGGCUGGGCCAUAAUCACAUCCUUGGAGGCAAUUUGAUUUGCAGCAUGUGUAAUGGAAGACAUGUCUGGCUCUGAUUUAAGCAAUGUAAGAAGUUGCACCUGCAUUAAUUGUGCAAUACACUAGUUUCUCUCAAUAGCAGAGGUUUUCGGGGCUUGAAAAAACUCUGGGUAUAUACCUGUCUAAAUUGCAGUAUGUAAAUUAAUAAAUUAAACCCCGAUAAUACCAGUGCCACAAUUAAAAAUAAGGUAAGCAUUAUAACCAAGCAUACUAGUGUGAAUAGAAGCCAGUGGGAAUAAAAGCCUCUUCUCUGGUCCUUUCGGAGAUUGAAAAAGGCAGCCACCACUGUGUCACCUCAGUUUAUCAGUCUCACACGUGAUGGUAUAACCGUUUUCCUAGAAAAAUUACCCAUUGUUGUGAAAAGCUAUGGCAUAUACUCCAAGUUCUAGCUUACCAUACUCUGCAGACCUUGCCUUUCAUACAGUGCUGGUAACAGUGCCUUGCAAAAGUAUUCAGACCGUUGGCUAUUUCUUUACUGAACAGCAAAUUCUACACUGACCUUAUGUUUGUUGAUAUUUUUAUAUCUGAAACUUAAAAUUUCAUCCAUUUUCUGACACUUUUGUACCAGAAAAAGUUCGUACAAAUAUAAUAACUCAUUGCUUUGUUUACAUAAAUAUUCACUUCGCACAACAUUUAGAAGUGAUCUUGACCCUCUGUUUCAGACAAAUAUGGACCACAUAGUGCCACUGCUUCUCAGCUGAACGGAGACCAGGACUUUUACUGGGAAUUUAUGGUCUAUUCAUUUUUUUGUUCUCAAGCUACAGCAUUUUGCAUAGCUCUUAAUAUGGCAUGGGGGUAACAUGCUGUGGGACUCCAGGGAGACAUCUUGAUACAAAAUAGAAGUGGAUAGUGUAAAAUACAGGGGAAUAUUGCACGAGAACCUGCCUAGAAAACUAAUUGGAUGAAGGUUUGUUUGAACAAGACAAAGAUCCCAAACACAGGGCUAGAAUGUCUCUAAAACAAAAAGGUGACUGUUCUACAGUGGCCCAGUUAAAGCCCUGAUCUCAGCCCAACUGAAAAUCUGUGGCACAGUUUGGAAAUUGUUGAAAGUGUACAAAUAUCAUUUAGCUCAGCAAAUUGCCAAGUGCCAUUAUCACUUCCAGACUGUGCAAAUCUGUAACAUUCCUAAUAGAUUUUAACUUGUUAUUGCUGCAAAAGGAUGAUCUACCGAUAUUAUACAAUGUGGAUUGAAUAAUAGUGCUAUAUUUCACUUUUAAAGGCUUUUAUUUUCUAACAUCUAAUAAUUUCAAAUACUAAUUUUAAGUUUUAAUACUUUGAAAUACAAAUAUCUCCGAGAAACAAAGAUUUUCUUUGUGGGUCUAAAUACUUUUGCUAGCACUGUACAUUCAGAAUCGCAACUGCACUUUUAGUUUGACAUUGAAAGCAUCCAGAAAUGCACAGUUCUAAAUACUGACAAAUCUCUUCAUAUUUAUUUAGAGUCCUGCUGUUAUGGUAGUUCAGAUUGCACGAGCGUGGCCCUCAGAGCUGGGGUGUAUCCUUGUGUUCUAAUCCCCUUGCUUUUUGGUCAUGUAACUCAAGUGGGGCUACUGUUGUACUUUUAUUUACUCAGUCUGGGUUGCUACACAAUAACUCAUCUGCAGUGAUGAAGCAUUGCUACAAUCCAGACAUUAAUUUACUUAUUCUCUUGCAUUACACAGGUAUCAGCUGUAUCCUGUUAUUGUUCUUCCAGUGGUUUUGCUGUAUAGUGUGAUCUUGGCCAAAAAAGUAUAUAGGUUAUGUUUGCCUGUUUGAUAAUUCUAAAUUUUGUUAUUUAAUAUUUGCUUUUUGUAUUGUGGAGCAAAAUAAAAUAAUUUGGUCUGAAA